AUGGCGGAAAGAAAGUUUUCAACAUCAACAAUUUUGCUGAGCGUUGCCGCGUUCAUUUUGUUAAGUGGUGUUGCCGCGGAGAAUGAAUGCUACUGGUGCGGCCCUCUAGCGGAACAGGUCCACCGCAGUAGAAGAGCGCCACCUUGUGACGCUCCCAAAGCUCACGUGACAACGUGCGAUGCAGGCUUCCCGCAUUGUGCCAUUGUCGCCACUGCACCGCCUUACGUUGAAUCCAGAUACUGCGUCAAAAUCUAUCAAGAUGAGUGCUAUCUAGAUUUCUGUAAUACCACGAGAACAUGGAAAAUGACAUGCCCAUGCAAGGGAAAUCUCUGCAAUGGACAAAACUCAGAUCGAGAGGAAUCGUCUUUCGCCGAACUUAUCGCUACAACUCAAAAGGAUCUUAAAAGAAGAACAAAAAAGAGUAUUAAGGAACCUUUAGUACGCUCUGUACAAACUGAAGACAAGAACGCUGCGAUGGUCGAUCCCGAUAUUGUAAACAAAACAUUUACAGAGCCCGGGAUGAACGAAAAUGACAGAGAUAAAUUUAUGCCAACAUUUAGUACAUCUAGAGUCACUCAUCAGGAAAAUGGACAAGUUACUAGUAUAACUGGCACGAGUGAAGAGAACACCGCAGAAGAACAGAAUAUUUCCGUAGCUGUAAGUACGCCUUAUAUUUUAGAAUCCACAGUAGUAAAAAUAUCUGAAAGUAAGGAGAAACAUGCAGAAAAUCUGAUUAAAACUAGUGAAAAGUUGCCAACAGCCGAAGCAUUGCAGAGCGAACAUUCUGAUACUCCUAGUGAAAGUGAAGAGGUUGAAAGUACAGUUAGCGACGAUGAUGUCACAACAACGGACGCCGCGUUAGGUACAGAGCAACCCACGCCGCGUGAAAACUCGGCUAGCGGUGUCUACUUUAAUAUUUAUUCAUUGAUAUUUUUACUAUGUGCAAAGUUGUAG